GGUCGAUGCGCCGGACCGUCCCACCCCUCCCUAUCCCCCUUCUCCUUCCCUCCUCCUUCUCCUUCCCUCCCCCUUCUCCUCCCCUCCUCCCCCUUUCCCUCAUCCCCCCGUCAGUAUGACCGGCACAAUCGCGGACCCUCAAGUCCCGGCGCCGGGCUCCGCCAACCCGGAGCAGUCGCGCAAGCGCGCGGCCUCGGACGACAGCGCCUCCGACGGCAUGGAGCAGGUUUCCUCGCGGCAGAUCGCGCGCAAGCGCAAGAAGCUCAUGAAGCUGGCCGAGCCACCAUCGCUCACCAUCCACGACCAGUCGCGCGUGUACAAGAUGAAGGACAUCCGCGAUCUGGUCCUGUGGACCAUCGGCGAGGGGGUCAACACCCCAUGGGUCUUGAUCCGGCAGAAGCACCACAUCCGCCGGGUGGUCAUGGCCGUGGCCACCGGGCUCAACCUGCGGGACCCCCAGCAGCAAGAGGCGCUGCCGGUGCUGCGUCAGCUGUUCGGCGCGCCGGCCGACUUCCAAGCGGCCGGGUCGACCGCGCGGCCCUUCGCCUGCCUGGAUGAGACGGCCUCGGUCGAGUGCGACCAGAAUCCCGAAUGCGCCGGGGCUGGGACGGCGUCCGGCGAGGGCGACAAAGCCGCCGAGGCCGGGGCCAGCGCCGCGGCCGACGACGCCCAGCACCAGAAGCGCGGCUGGUGGGUGCGCACGUGCGCCCCCGGCGAGAAGACCCGCAUCUAUCACUCCGUGUCGGCUCUGCUCCAGUGCGAGCUGACAUCCGAGGACAAGAAGGCCCGGCGCGCGUGGGCGCUGGAGCAGCAGGCCAAGCAGCCUGGCGCCGGGCCGGCGUUGGCCGACGAUGCCAGCCCCACCACCGCCGCCUCGACGGACGCCGCCCCUGCCUCGGCCGCCGCCCGCGAUCAGGUCCUCAAUAUGAUGGUCUUGUCGAAGGAAAUCCUGCGCGCCAACAACUACUUCCUUCUGGAUGACAUUUCCUCGGCGGAUGUGGUGGAUGCCGAGUCGCCAGCGGCGCAUCGGCCGCCCGUGGGCUUCGGCCCCGGCGCCCCGGCCCCGACCAGCCCCCUGCCGGCGGCGUCCCUGAAGCCGGUUCCCUUCGUGGCCAGCGCGGCCGCGGUGGCCGACGCCGGGACCGAAUUCGACGGCCCGCUGACCGUUCGCGAGGAGGAUCUGAUUGCCAUCGACUGUGAGAUGUGCAUGACUGAGGCCGGCCAAGAGCUGACGCGCCUGUCGGCCGUCAAUCACAAGCUCGAGGUCCUGGUGGACAUCCUGGUCAAGCCGUAUCGGCCGAUCAUCGACUACAAUACCAAGUUCAGCGGCAUCACCGAGGAGAUUCUGGCCCCGGUGACCGCCCGUCUGGCGGAUGCCCGGGCGGCCCUGCUGAAGGUCAUGAGCCCGACCACGGUGCUGGUGGGCCACUCGCUGGAGAAUGACUUGUCGGCCCUGCGGCUGUUACACUCGCGAGUGAUCGACACGUCGGUGGUCUACCACCACACCCGAGGGCCGCCCUUCAAGGCAGCCCUCCGGUGGCUGGCCGAGCGCCAUCUGAAGAUGACCAUCCAGACGGGCACCCGGUCGCCGGAUCUGCCGGCCCCAACGGCCAUCCCCGGCGGCCUGGCGGCCGACGGGCACGACUCGGUCGAGGAUGCCUGCGCCACCAUGAAGCUGGUCCUGCUGAAGGCCCAGCGGGGCUUCCAGUAUGGCCUGGCCAAGGAGGAGACCGAGUCCCUCUUCCGGCGUUUGGCUCGGGUCCGCUGCACGCAGGGUGUCCCGCUGCAUCUGCAGGCCGCGUCGCCCGGCGGUGGCCGUGCUCCAGGCCGGCAGUCUUCCGUGAUCGACACGCCAAACUCCAUGCCCUCGCACGCCAUCGACGGGGUGACCAGCCCGGUCCCGGCCUCCGGGGAUGAUGCCGUGGCCGCGGCCGCCGGGCGCCAGGCCGCCGAUCACGACUUCCUCUUUCUGCGCUUCAGCGAGCUCGAGCGCCUGCAGAACUCGCGCAUCCAGCGCACCGGCGACGAGACCGACGCCGCGCAGUCCGAUGCCGGGCUCGGGCCGACUGAGGCCGACCUGGCCGAGGACCGGGCCGUCAUCGCCCGGCUCAACCGGAACAUUGCUCGGGUCUGGAAUGACCUGCCCCCGGGGACGCUCUUCCUCUUCCUCACCGGGCAGGGGGACAUGACGCAGGUGAAGCGCCUGCUGAACCGCAUCAAUGGCCGGAAGCGCCUGCAGCAGGCCAUGCGCAAUACGCCCCUCACGCCGGCCGCCUUCGAUGCCAUGACUCGCGAUGAUCUGGAGCUCCAGACGCUGAUCGACGCCGCGCGCGUCGGGUGGUGCGGCCUGGCAGUGCGCGACAUCGGCGAGUGCACCCUCCUGGGGAUAGACGGCACCGGGGCCGCCGGGGCCGCCAAGACCCCGGCGGCCGCCGGCGAUGUCUCCGCUGGCACCGAGCCUGCCGCGCCAGCCACCGAGUGAGCCCCUUCCCCCUCCAAUGCCCCGCGACAGCCGCGGCUUUGCGUCGCCCAAUCCCUCCUUGUGUUUGACUCCCCCCCCCCUCCACUCCAUCUCUCUCUCUCUCUCCCUCUCUGUCUCUGUC